AUGACCUCCGCCGCGGUGUUCGGCUGUACAGGAGCUGUGGGCUCUCAGAUCCUCGCCACACUUCUCGCCUCAGACGUCGCCUCAUCUGUCAAGACCAUCUCCCGGAGACUUCCAAUCGCGCAGUCCCCAAAGCUUCAGGCGAUUGAGGAAGGCGACAUCACAAAAUGGGGUGGCAUGAUCUCUUCCUUGUCCCCCAAACUAUCCAUGGUCUUUAACGCAGUCGGUACCACCAGAGCGACAGCUGGUGGAAUCCAGAAUCAGUGGAGAAUUGACCAUGAUUCAUGUGUUGAGAAUGCCAAAGCUGCCAAGAAAGCCGAAGUGAAGACAUACGUGUACAUUUCCAGUGGAGGGACCAGGGGCUUUCUCUCGAGCUACGUGCCUUACUCGAAGAUGAAGAUCGGAGUGGAAAAUACCAUUAAGGAUCUUGACUUUGAACACGCUAUUAUCCUGCGCCCGGGUAUGAUCAUUGGAAGAGAGACCUCGAAAGCUCCAAUGUUGGAGAAAAUGGUGGAGAGCCUGAAGAAUCUGUCGCAAGGUGUUCAGGACAUGAUAGGUCAAGAUCAAACCACCAUUGGUAGAGCUGCCGUGGCAGCUGCUCGCAUGGCUGAAGAAGGGAAUGCGCCCUCCAAGUACUGGGUUCUGGAACAGGCCGAUAUAGUCAGGCUCGGCAGAGACGAGUGGAAGGACUAA